CUGAUGUGAUGUGCUGAAGAGCAGAUAUCAUAUAUCACAUAUGCAGAUACAGACAGAGACACAGCAGAUUCAGGAGAGAAACACAACAACAUCUAAAAUAUGGCACAAACGCUAUAUUUCAGACUUCUCAUUGCUCUCUGUUCAUUAUCUGAAUGCAUUCCUCACACCUAUCACCAUAUAAACAUGAGUAUGAACUGGACUGAAGCUCAGAGUUACUGCAGAGGAAACUACACAGAUCUGGCCACAGUCGAUAACAUGAAUGACAUGAAACAGCUGAUGAGUCAAGUAAAUAACAGUGGGGAUAUUGGCGUCUGGAUUGGACUGAACAAUACAGGUGUUUAUAAAUGGAAGUGGUCUAUGGGUGAUCCUGUGAACUAUAAUAACUGGGAAACCAUCAGUGGGGCUGAUGGUAAUUGUGCAUAUAUGAUAAAUGGAAAAUGGCGUGAUCAGUACUGUCGUCAGAUAGCAGAGUUCAUCUGCUACAAUGAUAAGCUGGUAUUGAUCGAUCAGAAUCUGAGCUGGUCUGAUGCUCUGAGUUACUGUAGACUGAAUCAUGUGGAUUUGGUUUCGGUUGAUUCAGAGGAGAUUCAGCGCUGGGUGUCACGAUUGGUUAAAAAGGCCUCUACUCCAGAGGUGUGGUUGGGGUUACGUCACUCCUGUGCUCUGGGCGUUUGGUUCUGGAUGAAUGGACAGAUGGUUUGCUAUCAGAAUUGGGUGAACAGUACAGUAGAUAAGAGCUGUGACACUGUGAGAUCUGGAGCAGUUCAGUCUGGAGGAGAUCAGCGCUGGAUCAGCCUUCCUCAAACUGAACUACGCAACUUCAUCUGCACCAAAUCUGAAUAAUGAAAUCAUCUGCGUCUUACUGUUAUAUACAACUAUUAGUUAUAUUUUUUGUUUUCAUGUUUUUUUGAAUUGGCAAAAAAAUUUGAAGGUUUAUUAUAGAUUAAAUACAACUCAUAUUGUAUGAAAAUAAUAUAAUGUAUACUCUGUUUGGGGAUAAAACUUUUCAGUGGUAAAUAACUUUCUGUGGUAAUCUAUAGCAGAGACAUAACUUACUUUCUUUUGUCUUUUAGUAACUACUGAAUUAUGUGAGAUGAAUUUGUAAAUUAUAUUUGAGAGAGAGCAAAAGUUUAUCAUAUUUACUCA